AUGUCUUCUCCUACUAAAGAAGAAAGUGAUCCAGCUGAUAAUGCUCUAAAAAAUUCAAAAAAUGAGGCUCCAAAUGACAGUAGUACAGCUACAGAGCCUUCAUUUGCUGAAUCUAGUAUGAUCUCUGAGGUUGAAAGCAACCCAAUGAACAGGGAGCUAGACAUGCCUACCUCCCAGGAGCAUGCUAUUCUUCAACCAGCAGAAGAACAGGAGCUUGAAGUAGAAAAGAAACCAAGAAAUCCUCAAGAAGAUAUAAAAGAAGAAGAAUCCCUCCUACAUCAGGUUCCCAUUCCUGAAAAAUUGACCUCUCACAUAACACAUCCCUUAACUAAUAGAGCAAGAUUCCACACAGAAAAAAAUCAGAGGAAAACUAGUGAUAUCUGUUAUAUCAAUGUAAAUUACAAAAUUCCAUUCCAGUUCUCAAUAUCAUGGAGAAUCCCAUUUAUUAACCGUUAUGAGAGGAGAAGAAUGAUUCUUCAGCAGCUGUGUGAGAGACAUCUCCCUCAAAAUACCACGUGUGUCAAGCAAAAAUAUGUAGCACAUGUCAUUCGCCCAAACGUUCUCAACCAGAGGGUAAGACGCAUAAUAUUUGGAAGACAUUCGAGGGCGCACCACUACUAUCCCCCAAGUAAGAGAAUGGCAUUAAAAAUGAUGAGCAAAUCAAAUGAUACUAAAAAGAAUGAGGAACUUCAGAUUUUUGUGAGACCUGCUCUUGAUGCCCCACGAACCCAAAGUGAAGACAAAUUGACUAGGCGAGCUUUGGAUGAUCCUUUGAGAUCACACCAUUAUAUGAGGGCGGUGAUCAUAACAACUGAUGAUGGUUGGAAAUACCUAUGUCCCAUUUGUGGGAGUAUUUUCAACACUUUGCUUGAAUUUAGACAGCAUUCUUGCAACUUUUCUAAGAACUAA